UCCACAGAGAUGUUGGAGACCAACAACCUUGUGACAUUUGAAGGCCUAGCUAACAGUUCGGGUUACCACACUCUCUUGUUGGAUGAGGAGAAAGGAAGGCUCCUGGUGGGAGCCAAGGACCACAUCUUUUCUUUUAACCUCCUCAACAUAAGCAAAGACAAAGCACAGAUUCCCUGGACUGCUUCUCCCACUAAAAGAGAUGAAUGCAAGUGGGCAGGGAAAAAUCUCCUGAGAGAGUGUGCACAUUUCAUCAAGGUACUGCAACCUUUCAACCAGAGCCACUUCUAUGUUUGUGGGACAGGAGCCUUCCACCCUGUAUGCUCCUAUCUGGAGGUGGGCAAGAAACCAGAGGAUGGUGUUUUCAGACUGGCGCCCCAUGUAGAAAAUGGCAGAGGGAAGAGUCCCUAUGACCCUAAGCUUCUCACCGCUUCAAGGCUAAUUGAUGGGGAGCUGUAUGCUGGAACAUCAGCCGACUUCAUGGGGCGGGACUUUGCCAUCUUUCGCACUCUUGGCAAGCAUCAUCCUAUCAGAACAGAGCAACACGACUCCAGGUGGCUAAAUGAUCCUAGAUUUGUAGGUGUCCAUCUGAUCCCAGAAAAUGACAAUCCAGAGGAUGACAAAAUCUACCUGUUCUUCAGAGAGAAUGCUAUGGAUGGAGAACAUGCUGGAAAAGCCACUUAUGCUCGCAUUGGACAGCUCUGCAAAAAUGACCUUGGGGGCCACAGGAGCCUAGUAAAUAAGUGGACAACUUUCUUGAAAGCCCGACUGAUUUGCUCUGUGCCGGGCAGUAAUGGGAUAGACACACAUUUUGAUGAACUACAGGACGUCUUUCUCAUAAGCACCAAGGAUCCUAAGAGCCCAGUAAUCUAUGGAGUAUUUACAACUUCCAGCAACGUCUUUAAAGGUUCAGCGGUGUGUAUGUACAGCAUGGCAGACAUAAGAAGAGCUUUCUUGGGUCCAUAUGCUCAUAGGGACGGACCCAGCUAUCAGUGGGUCCCCUUUCAGGGGCGUGUACCCUACCCCCGGCCCGGCACGUGCCCUAGCAAAACAUUUGGUGGAUUUGACACAACCAAGGACCUUCCUGACGAAGUGGUCACUUUUGCUAGAAGUCACCCAGCCAUGUUUAAUCCUGUCUAUCCAAUUAAUAAUAAACCAAUAAUAGUCAAAACAGAUGUAGACUACCAGUUCACUAAAAUGGUAGUGGAUAAGGUGGAAGCUGAAGAUGGCCUGUAUGAUGUUAUGUUCAUCGGCACAGACAUGGGAACAGUUCUGAAAGUUGUAGCCAUCCCAAGAAAUUCAUGGCAUGACCUGGAAGAAGUGUUAUUGGAAGAAAUGACUGUAUUCAGAGAACCAGUUGCAAUUACAGCCAUGGAACUUUCAACGAAACAGCAACAACUCUAUCUUGGAUCAGACAUCGGUGUGUCUCAGAUGCCUCUACACCGUUGUGAGGUUUAUGGAAAGGCCUGUGCUGAAUGCUGCUUGGCGAGGGACCCUUACUGUGCAUGGGAUGGCGCAGAAUGCUCCAGAUAUUUUCCAAUGGCAAAGAGGAGAACAAGAAGGCAAGAUAUCAGGAACGGAGACCCACUCACCCAGUGCUCAGAUCUGCAGCAACAAGAUGAACUCAGCGGACAGGCAACCAUCCUCGAUAGAACCGUCUAUGGUGUGGAAAAUAGCAGCACUUUCCUCGAAUGUGUGCCCAAGUCCCAGAGAGCCACUACAUACUGGCAGUAUCAGCGCUCCGCUGAUGACCACAAACAGGAAAUCAAGUCAGAGGAGCGUUUCGUUCGAACAGAACAAGGUCUUCUGAUCCGCACUCUUGACAAGAAGGAUUCAGGCGUCUAUCUGUGCCAGGCAGUGGAACAUGGCUUCAUGCAGAUAGUUUUAAAGGUUCACCUUGAAGUGAUUGACGCAGAGCGGCUGGAGGAUCUUUUGCAUCGCGAUGAAGAUACAGCUACCAUUGUCCCAGCUCAGGACUUUUCCUUGUCCAGAGAAACUCCCAGUCAAAAGCUUUGGUACAGGGACUUUCUGUCUUUAGUCAAUCACCCAACUCUCAAUAGUGUCGACGACUUCUGUGAUCAAGUUUGGAAAAGAGAGAGAAAGCACAAGCGACAGAAAGCUCACCAUGUCCAAAAAGUGCAAACACACCAUCAGCAGCAGCAGCAGCAGGCUGCACCGAGCUCUCACAACAACAUGCAUGCUCAAGGCCUGGCAUCCAAGUGGAAGCACCUUCAAGAACGACAGAAGGGUCGCAACCGCAGGACCCACGAACUGGAGCGAGCCCCUCGCAGUGUCUGACCCGUAACGGUUUGACUUUGACCACGACGCUUCAGAUCACUCCCGGAUCACAUUCUGUAUACCUGAAACUAUUUGUUUUUUGAAACAUACAUAUCCUACACACACUGAACAGAAAAUAAAUAAAUAAAUAAAUGCUGCUCUUAUCUGCAAACUAGUGUGAUCUAAGCGUGGGCAGUUUUGUUUACAGCCCACGGGGAAAAAAAAAAAGAAAAAAAAAAGGAUGCUGUUGUAUCAUCGAAGACCAUUGGAGCAUAUCAUCUCUGCUGGCCUCUGUGACAUGAACAAUGCAGAGCGGUAGGGCCACUCCGCACAAAACGAUGGACAAAUGUGCCCAUCCUGUAGACGUGACUGGCAAUGAGAUGUGGUCAUCGUAAUGUAGUUAGGUGAUGUUUCUAAGUUUGCAAAAUGCCUAAAAUAACUAAAACUAUAUACUGUAUUUUACCUCACGCAACAAUGAGACCGGGCGAAGUUGUUUAUGAGUAUGAGUGAACUUGCAAGUUCAUUACAUCAACAAGUUACACAGUUCAAAAAAUGCAAUGAGAAUUAAAGUGCAUUACAAAAGUAUUUAUACUCCUUAAAGUUUUUCACAUUUAGUCAUCACGUAAUCAAAACAUCUAUUUAUUUUAGUAGGCAUUCUUCUAAUGAAUAAAUAGUACUGCAUAAUGUGAAGUGUAAGAAAAAAGAUACAUGUUCUAAUAGGUUUUGUUCAAGGAAAGAUAUAUCUACUGCAUUUUGCUCCCAUGGGGAAGAAAUGUUGAAGGUCUCCUACAACAUUUUUUCCCUAUUCAUCCUAUUAAUGCCAGAUGCUGUGUGUUAUGUAUCUAAAAAUGUCCAGUUGUCCUGUUGACAUAUUCUCCCAUGAGCUGCUUAUCUCUGCAGCUCCUUCAAACAUAUCAUUGGCCUCUUUGCUGCUUUACUAAUUCACCCUCUUCUUCCCUGACCUAUUCAUUUGUGCAAACGGCCAUGUCUUUUUAGCUAUGCAGUUGGUGCCAUAAUCUCUAAAUCUUUUGGAUAAUGUAUAAAAUGUUGCAUACUCUAACUUUGCCUUAAUCAUUUACAUAACUUUAUUCCUGACUUGUCUGAUAUAUUUUUUGAUCUUCAUGUCUGUGCUCUAAUGUUAUCUACCUCUGAGUAAACCUCUGAGGCAUUUACAGAACUAUUGUAUUCACAUGAGAUAAAAUCAUACUAUCAAAUUUAACGCAGGAUAAACUUUUUAGGUUUACAUUUUUAAACAAAAUUAAAAUCAUGUAUCUUCUUCCUUGUACUUUUUCAUUCUGCUCUACUUACAAAAAGUGGUAAUGUGGUGAAUGUUGACACUUGUAGCGUCACAUAGCGAUGUGGAAAGGUUCAGUGAGUAUAAAUACUUUUCCAAGGUGAUUUAGCAAGCAGUUCAAUAAACAAUAAGUUUUGAAUUAGUCAGUGUUAAAUGCCUGAAAACUGCAACUGAAAAUCAUUGGUUAUCAUUGGUUCUCCAAUGCAACUCCUGUCAGCAUGUGUAAAUACUGUAUUCUAUAAUAAUCUUAUCAGAAGAAAGGGAAUGAAUUUCAAUUAUCUAGUUUGUGUUACUUGCCCAAAGUAGAAAUCUACUUAUAAAAAAAAUAGUUUGCAGAACAUUUGUAAACAGGAAAGUUUUGUACUCGUAUGUGUGUUUGUGUGUCCGUGCCCUAGAUAAGCUUCCUAGACAAAGAGAUUUUAUUAUUUUUCAUCUGAACCGUUCCAAUUUUAGCAUUUUGAAAGCCGCAUUGUCUCACUUUCCAAAAUGCUGAGCAGAGUUCUUCCAUGUUUAUUUAAUUAUUCUGUCAGUCUGCUUUGUUUCUGCACCCGUGCAUAUUUAAUGUUAAACAUUUCUGUACAUUGUGAUAUAUUAUAAGCAGGUAUUUCUUUUUUCUAACUUGUUUCUGGACCACUUAGGUAAAAAUAAAAAUAAAUUUUAUCACAUGUAGAAGAUGUUAAGCAUUUUAUUAGUUAUCACAUGCAUUAAAUAUCAAAUGCAUUGGGCAAUAUGCCAGUAUACUGUAAUGUACUUUUAACACAUCCAUAUUUUAUGCAGACAUUGCAGUGUAACACAGUACAUUCACUGCAUGUAGCAUAAUCAAAUUGACUAAAACCAUCACUGAACAGUGCACAAACACAAACCCUGAAUGUAACUGUGAAAAAUAAAAUACUAUGGUCUAUGUUAAUCAACUAUACCACUGUGUAGUAGUGCAUGUGAAUACUGGUGUAGUGUUCUUGUUCUACUAUAGCGAUGAUGAACUAGUCUAAUGUUGUCACCUUUAAGCUGUUUCUUGCUUAUGCUGUAGUACACAAUAGGAGCGAUUUGAAAAAAUGCCCUCCUGCUUCUGUUAAUACUCCAAGCAGUGUACAUGUUAUAAACAGGAACUCAACAAGAUUUCCCCAUGGAUCCCAGUCUCCACAUGCCAGCUUAUCUAACAAUGGACAAUGAUCAUUUUCGCUUUGCACAAACAUUGCCCUGUCAGAUGACUGCAACUCUGUGCAAGCUUCAUCCACGUUUGGAAGGAAGAUGAGAAGCCGCUGGAAGCGUCCUUGGGAGAUUUUUCAGUCUCAAAAUGAAUGAGACAAGCUGAACAGCAGAGUGGUGGAUGCGCGUGUGAUAAGAUUAUCGUUAUGAGGAGGAAAUAUAUGGGGCCUGUCAGAUGAACAGUGGGAGUGAGGAAAUUAAGUGCUGCUGUUGCUGAUUUUUGGCAUGAUGUAUUCUACUGAUGUAAUAAAUGUCUCUUCAUGAAAUGCUGCAUUCAUUAAAUCUGGUUUUGAUAGUUA